AUGAGAAAAGGAAGGAAGGUGGAAGCAGGAGCAACAGCAGCAAAAGCAUCCAGAUCUUUCAUUUUGAAGAAGAAUGAGCUGCUGCCCCUUCUUCCUCAAGAGGUGAUAAUAUUCAAUAUCCUUGUUAGACUUCGGGCUGACAAACUGUAUAAAUUCAGAAGCGUAUGCAGGUCAUGGUACAACCUAAUCAAUGACCCUUUUUUCAUCCAAUCCCACCUUGAAAAUUCCACUCCUGGUUUGAUCAUAAAACGAUACAUUGUUGAUAGAAAGCCUAUCUAUCAAACAGACUUCAAAGAGAUGAAAGACAGAAAGAAUACAAAACAAGAUUUGAAGUUCGGUAACAUAGGAGAGGUUAUUGGUAGCUGCAAUGGUUUGGUACUACUAAAAACUAAGCGAAAACGCCUUUCUGUGGCUAAUUUGAUUACUAAACAAAUACUGGAACUUCCUUCAGCUACUAGUGAUAAUUUGAAUUUUGACCGUCAAUGUGGGUUCACAUAUGUUUCUGAAAUUGGCAUAUAUAAAUUGGUGCACCUUCUGUUGGAUGACUAUACUUUGAAAUGUGAGGUGCUGUCCUUGGGGUGUUCUGGUUGUAAUACAUGGAGAUGUGUCAAUGGAUCUUCACUUUCAUUGCUCAGUGAAGAUGAAAAAUGGCAAUUUCAUGGUUCAGAAACAGUAACGAUAAAUGGGAUCGUGUAUUUUGUUGGUGUCAGACAUGUUCAAUCUUCUUCCGUACACAUAGUUUCAUUUGAUGCAGGUGCUGAGGUAUUUCACAUGAUUCGAGCUCCAAUUCAUGAUUUUACAAUAUGUGAUUCUUUCAUAGAACUUGGAGGUGUGUUAUCAUUUGUGCAAGCGACUGAUCGUUUUAUAUUUGAUACAUUCAAUGUAUGGAUUUUGAAGGAUUGGUUGAAGGGUACAUGGGUGAAGCAACAUGCAAUCUCAAUAAGGAAACCAUCUAUUUUGGGAGGUACCCUACACAGGAUUGACAGUUCUGAUUUUGUUCAAGUCCUAUCUAGCUUCUCACAUGGAGGAAGAAAAAUCAUACUCUUUCAAAUCAAGUCAUUUUCCGGAAUUCUUUCUCACAUUACAUACGAUCUUGAUUUAAAUCAAGAGAGUAAAAUACAAUUUGAUAUUAGGGGACAUCCCUCAGGUUUUUAUACUCAUGUCAAUAGUUUGAUCUCUCCAAAGUUGCUGUAA